AAACAUACAAAGCAGGACGGAGCGCUCAUUAAUGAACACGCGUUCUCGGCUACGCUGACAGGUUAUAUAAACAUCUAUUGUCCUGUGCGCUGCGCAGUGCGCCCGCGACUCGUUCUUGUUUCUUCAACUCUCGCUGCGCUCAGAGCGAUCUUGGACCCCCUGACGGUCCGAACCCGCCUACUGUACAUCUGCUGUCUGUAUCCGCUAUGGCUCUAUCUGGUCUCAAGGUCGUCGAGUUCGCAGGCCUCGCGCCCGGCCCCUUCGCCGGGCUCGUCCUCGCCCACCACGGCGCCUCCGUCGUCCGCAUCGACCGCCCAGGCUCCGUCUCGUCCGACAACCUGUGCUCGGGCAAAAAAUCCAUCGCACUCAACACCAAGACGCCCGCGGGCCUCGCCAUCGCCAAAAAGCUCCUCGCCGACGCCGACGUGCUGAUCGACCCGUUUCGGCCGGGCGUCCUCGAGAAGACUGGCCUUGGGCCCGAGGUGUUUUAUGACCGUGAGGACGGGAAGAGGGGCCUGAACGAUCGGCUCAUCUACGCGCGGAUAUCGGGGUUUCCGCGAGACGGGCCCCAUAAAUCCAUGGCCGGCCAUGACAUCAACUAUCUUGCCCUCAGCGGCGUCUUGUCUAUAUUGCCGGGCACGAAGGAGAAACCAGCUUUCCCGAUAAACUUAAUUGCCGACUUUGGCGGAGGCGGGAUGAUGUGCGCCAUGGGCAUCCUCCUCGCGCUCCUGUCACGCAGCAAGACCGGCCGAGGCCAAGUCGUCAACGCCGAUAUGGUCUCCGGGACGCGCUACCUCUCGACCUUCCCGCUCCUGCAGGCGAACGACACCGCGUCGCCCCACUUUGGCCGCGAGCGCGGGACGAACCUGCUCGACGGCGGCGCGCCGUUCUACGACGUGUACACGUGCGCGGACGGCCGCUGGGUGAGCGUCGGCUGCCUCGAGCCGCAGUUCUUCGCGACGUUCGUGCACAAGUUCAACCGCGCGCUCGCGGAUGCGGAGGGCGCUGGCGCGUGGCGCCCGACACCGUCGACGCAGCUGCACCGGAGUCUGUGGCCGAGGCUGCGCGAGUAUAUGGAGAAAGGGUUCAAGUCUAAGCCGAGGCGGUUCUGGGAGCAAGUGUUCCACGGCAGCGACGCAUGCGUGUUACCCGUGCUCGAGCCCGAGGAGGCGGCAUCGCUCGCCCGGUCGUCGCGACCGCUCGCACAUCCAAACCUUAGCCGCACACCGUCGCCAUACGCUACGCCGUCGUACGAGUCCGAUAAGCCCGAGAUCCUCGAGCCCGGUCAGCAUACAGACGAAAUCCUGAGGGAAGUGGGUUUCUCAGAGAAAGAGCGACGCCGUUUUGCGUGCAACGGGGCUUUUGGCGAGGAAGCUCGCGAAGAUGCAAAAUUACGAUCUAAACUAUGACGACUUUUCCUUUGAUGACAUGUGUGUAUGAGGCCCGAUGAGUAUGUAUGUGAGACGAUCUUUUGUUUGUGAUACCGUACUAGUAGAAAUAAUAAUGCUAAUAUCCAGUGAAAAAUGCAAUGGGGAAAUAUCAUGAGCUGGGGCGUGAGGACCGUAAGCGUACAAGUAUGCAUGGAGUAGAGGUACGAUGCGACGAGAUUAUGGUAUGCGAAACGAAAUCAUGCGGGCGACGGAAACCCCGCGCCUGUCCUCGUCUUGCGCAUGUUGUGAAUGUACGGAGGAAUGAGCGGCGUGACCUGCUGCCGGAUCAUCUGCAAGCGCCCCAGCAGCUGCCUGAAGCCCACGCCGUACCCGUCCGCCUCCGCGGCCCAGUCCUGCUCGACGACCGCGCGCGUGGCCUUGUACCCAGCCGGCAACGCGAAGUUGACGACGUGCAUCGUCUGGGACGCCUCGUUGAAGAGCUGCGAGAAGGCGGGGUAGAACGUGUUUGCAAGGCUGCCUUCGAACGCGAACGUUUCGAACGGACGCCGCAUGAGGUGGCGGUAGAGCACGAGUCCGCAGAAUAGCGAGGCCAUGCUCCGCAGGUCGAGGGCGUGGCCCACAAGAGGGGCGAUGGCCGAGCCGGUGUGGAUCGUGACGUGCCGCAGCGAGGGCCAGAGGGCAGCGGAUUCGGAUAGCAGGGCCUGCUUGUCGCUGUUGAGCAGCGUGCGCAGGAGGACG